AUGUCAUCAACCCCUUCAGCUGCAGCUCUCCCCAUUCAGACUAUUGUGACAGAGAGGCUGCCCCGUUCACACUGCAUUCACAAAGCCAUAAACAAAAACAACCUCAGCUACAUCCCUCCCAGUGAUGUUCAUAUCGGCUCCCAGCACAAGUUCAUCAUCUACAACCCCACCUCUGUCAAUUCCAUCCGGUCUCUGUGGACUCAGCACCGGCGUACCACCACUCCCUCAUUACGUCAUCAUACCAAACAGCACGUGAAUGUAGCCAACCUCAGAACCCUCCCCAAAACCUCACAACCAAUCACAAAACAAUCCAUGAAGCUUGCUCUGUUCAACACCCGGUCACUAAGCAACAAAAGCCCAAUCAUCAAUGAAUUCAUCACUGACAACAAACUUGAUAUCCUCUGUCUCACUGAAACUUGGCAAAAACACCUGGAUUACUACGCACUCAAUCAAACCACCCCAACUGGAUAUCAUUACCUGGAUAAGCCACGCCCUGAUGGCCGCGGUGGAGGAAUUGCCGCUCUUCACCGCCAACACAUCAAAACCAGCCUGACUAACAUCGAAAGUCCACCCUCAUUUGAACAGCUCUCAUUCAAACUCUCUGGUCCUAAACCCCUGGUCAUUGCAAUUAUCUACCGCCCCCCCAAACCCAACCCUGUCUUCCUCUCCGACCUAUCUGAAUUCCUCACCCAGCUCUGCUCCGUCUCACGUCUCUCCGUCUUGCUUGGUGAUUUCAACAUCCACAUCGACUCUUCAGACUGCAAAACUGCCACAGAAUUUCUGGACCUGCUUAAAUGCUUCAACUUCACUCAACACAUCGACUUCCUCACCCACAACCGCGGUCACAUCCUGGACCUGGUCUGCUCCACUGAAAUCACCAUCAACCACCUCUCCGGGUAUGACCUCACCAUCUCCGAUCAUCUAGCCAUCAUCAUGGAGAUCGACAUCCCCAUCCCAGAACCCAAACUCACGCGCACCAUCACUCUCCCAGAAAAAUGCAACUCCUUCCUGACGUUCUACAAAGCUAAAAUCGACACCAUCUACAACCAACUGGCCACUUCCAGCCCCGCUUCAUCCAACCCUGUAUCUGCAAAUCCUCCACUAACUGACCGGUCACUCUCCCGAUUCUCUCUCAUCUCCCCCUCGGAUCUCAAUAAAUCACUCUCUGGCAUGAAGACUCUGACCUGUGACCUCGACCCUAUCCCUUCCACUUUAGUUAUGGCCUGUCUCCCGGCCCUCCGCCCGCACAUCCUCUCUGUCAUCAACUCCUCCCUGUCUACUGGCUCCGUCCCUCCCGCCCUCAAACUCGCCUCAGUCACACCCAUCCUCAAAAAACUUGGCCUUGACCCCGACGUUCACAACAAUUACAGACCCAUCUCCAAUCUCCCUUUUCUGUCUAAAAUACUGGAACGCACUGUUGCCCAUCAACUGAAAACCCACCUGGACUCAAACCAACUGUAUGAACCAUUUCAAUCCGGAUUCAGAUCUCAUCACAGCACAGAAACUGCCCUCAUCAAAGUCACCAAUGACCUCCUCUCCUCUGAUGAACACUCCCUCAACAUCCUGGUACUGCUCGACCUCAGCGCAGCCUUCGACACCAUCAACCACUCCAUCUUCCUUUGCCGUCUCGAGUCCUCCCUAGGGAUCACUGGCACAGCCCUCUCCUGGUUUAAAUAAUACCUCUCUGACCGUGAACAGUUCAUCAGCAUCAACAAAUUCAAGUCUGACACAGCCCCAGUCUCUCAAGGUGUCCCCCAAGGUUCAGUACUCGGUCCCCUCCUCUUCAUCCUCUACCUGCUCCCCCUUGGCGACAUCAUACGCCACCAUGGUCUCCAGUUCCACUGCUACGCUGACGACACCCAGCUCUACAUCUCCACCAAGUCCAUCACCCCCACCAUCCACUCCACCAUCACCAACUGCCUAACAGAUAUAAAAACCUGGAUGCAAGCAAACGUCCUCAAACUCAACACCGACAAAUCUGAAGUCCUCAUCAUCGGCCCCAAAUCAUUAAACAAAUCCCUCCACAACUUCUCCCUCUGCAUUGAUGGCACCACUGUACCUGCUUCCACACAUGUCCGUAACCUUGGGAUCAUUUUCGAUCAAACUCUCUCCUAUGAACGACACAUCAAUCACAUCAGAAAAACCGCCUUCUUCCAUCUCAAAAACAUCGCCCAUCUCCGCCCAUCCCUCUCCUCCGCAGCCGCUGAAACACUCAUCCACGCCUUCAUCACCUCUCGACUGGAUUACUGCAACAGCAUCCUGUACGGCUCACCCACCAAAAUCAUCAAUAAACUACAAUACAUCCAAAACUCAGCUGCCCGUCUGCUCUCCCACUCCCGUACCAGAGACCACAUCACCCCAGUCCUUCAAAACCUCCACUGGCUCCCCAUACAGCAAAGAAUCCAGUUCAAGAUUCUCCUCAUCACUUACAAAGCCCUCCACAACCUUGCCCCUUCAUACCUUUCAGACCUCCUGCACCGUCACACUCCCAACCGCAACCUCAGAUCCGCCGACGCCAACCUCCUUACCCCCCCUACUCUGUCCAAGCAUCGGACCUGGGGGGACAGGGCCUUCUCCGUUGCUGCCCCCUCCCUCUGGAACUCCCUGCCCCAACACCUCAGACGUUCUCCGUCACUCGCCACCUUCAAAACUGCACUUAAAACUCACCUAUUUAAAUCUGCU